CAGAGGAGGAUGGCUGCGGGCAACACCUCCUCUGUGGCAGAGUUCCUCCUCGCUGGCUUAACGGGCCAGCCGCGGCUCCAGGUGCCCCUCUUCUUCCUGUUUCUAGGUUUCUACGUGGUCACCGUGGCGGGGAACCUGGGCUUGAUCACCCUGAUUGUGCUGAACUCUCACCUUCAUAUUCCCAUGUACUUUUUCCUCUUCAACUUGUCCUUCGUGGACUUUAGUUACUCCUCUGCCAUUGUCCCCAAAAUGCUUGUGGGUUUUGUCUCAGAGAAGAACAUCAUCUCCUACACAGGGUGUAUGACUCAGCUCUUUUUCUUCUGUUUUUUGGUCCUUUCUGAAUCCUUUAUCUUGUCAGCGAUGGCAUAUGACCGCUAUGUUGCCAUCUGUAAACCAUUGUUGUACACGGUCACCAUGUCUCCUCAGGUGUGUGUACUCCUUCUGCUGGGUGUCUAUGGGGUAGGGCUUUUGGGGGCUAUGGCUCAUACAGGAAAUAUCGUUUUUCUGACCUUUUGUGCAGACAACCUGGUCAAUCAUUACAUGUGUGACAUCCUCCCCCUCCUUGAGCUCUCCUGCAAUAGCUCUUACAGGAAUUUGCUGGUGGUCUUUGCUGUUGUGGCCUUUGGCAUUGGGGUGCCCAUUGGUGCCAUUUCUCUCUCUUAUGGCUUCAUUCUUUCCAGCGUGUUCCGCAUUAGCUCCACGGAAGGCAGGUCCAAAGCUUUCAGUACCUGCAGUUCUCACAUAAUUGCCGUUUCUCUUUUCUUUGGGUCUGGAGCUUUCAUGUACCUCAAACCACCUUCUGUCUUACCCCUUGACCAGGGGAAAGUGUCUUCUCUGUUCUAUACCAUUGUGGUGCCCAUGCUGAACCCCUUAAUCUACAGCCUGAGGAACCAGGAUGUCAAAGUUGCUCUGAAGAAAUCGUUGGGCAGAAAAAUCUUUUUUUGA